AUUGUCUCCUCUCUCUUAUAAAUAUAUUUCAGGUUGGUGGUGGCGCUGUAUUCUGCCUUGGUUCACCCAAGUUCAGAUCACUAAUGGGCAGCUUCAGCUUCAGCUUCCUCCUUCCUACAAUCUUCCUCAUUCUUUUCUUUUUCUCAGGUUCAAUGGUGCAAAUCCUCGGCCUGGGAGUUGGAAUCAAUUAUGGUCAGAUAGCGAAUAAUCUUCCGUCUCCUUCUCGAGUGGCGGUUCUCCUUAGAUCCCUCAACAUAAGCAGAGUGAAAUUAUACGAUGCUGAUCCCAGUGUCCUUCUCGCAUUCUCAAACACACAAGUAGACUUCAUAAUCGGCCUCGGAAAUGAGUACCUGGAGAAUAUGACAGAUCCAGUCAAGGCUCAAAACUGGAUUCAACAGCGUUUACAGCCCCACAUCCCUCAAACCAGAAUAACUUGCAUCACUGUUGGAAAUGAAGUAUUCAAAGCCAAUGACACCCGGCUAUAUUCAUUUCUUCUCCCGGCAAUGCAAACUGUAUAUGACAGUCUCGUUGAUCUUGGACUUGAUAAAGAGGUGAUUGUUACCAGCGCUCAUUCACUUGACAUCUUAGCUAAUUCUUUCCCUCCUUCAGCCGGAAGUUUCAGGCCGGAUCUUGCUGAAUAUAUCCAACCACUUCUCAAUUUUCAUGCUCAAGUGAAUUCGCCUUUCUUGAUAAAUGCCUAUCCCUAUUUUGCAUACAAGGAUAGCCCCACUGAGGUCUCUCUGGAUUAUGUGCUAUUUCAGCCUAACCAAGGAAUAACAGAUCCCAACACUAAUUUAAACUAUGACAAUAUGUUAUAUGCUCAAGUUGAUGCUGUUUAUUCAGCCAUUAAAGCAAUGGGGCAUACCAAUAUCGACGUUCAGGUCUCCGAGACAGGGUGGCCAUCGAAGGGAGAUGAAGAUGAGGCCGGAGCUACAGUAGAAAAUGCAGGGCUUUAUAAUGGUAACUUGCUGAAGAGGGUCGAGGAGAAACAAGGGACACCUGCAAAACCAUCAGUGCCAAUUGACAUACAUGUUUUUGCACUUUUUAACGAGAAUUUAAAGCCAGGUCCUGCAUCAGAGAGGAACUAUGGACUGUAUUAUCCUGAUGGUAGGCCGGUUUAUAACAUUGGAUUGCAGGGUUAUCUUCCAGAUCAAAUGGCUUCUGAUUCCAAGAUUAAUAUUGUUCCUGUCUUCAGUCUUCUGAUAUGUGUUACAGCAUGGUUAAUCUGUUUGUAAAAGCUUCUAAAUUUACCAACUGGGGGAGAUAGGGCUACAGCAAAAACAACAAAGUUAAUUCCUAGUGAUCUUUCAUAUACCAGAGAAGAUAUUAUAGAGAUGAAAAAUUCUCGCUGUCUUCAGCUUCACAAAAGUCCGAAUUGGCUUCUCUUUCAGAUAAGAAGCCACCAGCCACCGUCUUCCCUUUCGGCAGCGCAUUCACACAUUCAUUUUCCCCACAAUAUAUAAUUAAUUAUAUCAGUCUCAUUUGCUCCUUCAAAAGGGUAUUCAUAUCAUCAACCAUUUUUGGACUUAUCCGGCCAAAAUUUCUGAGACAAAUUCUGGGGGAAAAUAAAGUUAGAAAUGGUUUAAACUGUAAGCAUCAGCUGAUCCCUGAGAUAGUGGCUUUCAUUAUCAUGGACCUGGUGUUUAUUGCUUUAUGGUGAUUCCUACCUCAGCAAAAGGAUAAGGUUGACAGAUCAUAGACGAAUCCGCUAUGACUGCUCAACAUAAUGACGUCUUAUCUACUACAAUCUGCAUAAUCUUGUAGUUGUACCCAUCAUUGGUCAUGGUCUCUCUGGCAAAUUAAACCCAAGUGAUUGGGCCUUGGGAAACUUAACGUCGCAACAUUAUAAAACUUUAUAUGUGGAUUAUUGGUAGCUCACAUGCAUGUCAACUGAAAGUUCAAACAUUCAAAAUUUUAUAUACAGUGGAUGGUAGGCUGUCCCUUUUAUACAGAAAGACUGUGUUUAACAGUUGUUCAAGUUUUUGGACCAUUUCAAUUGACAU